AUGUGUGCGAUGUGGAGACUGCAAGUCGCCUUAUGUACUCUGUCGGUGCUGUCCCUGUCAUUUGGUGGUGAAAGCAAAGCGCGGAGCUGCAGCGAGGUUAGACAAGCAUAUAACGCUAAAGGAUUCAGCCUUGUCAAUGUACCUCAUCAGGAAAUAUCAGGUGAGCACCUACGUGUCUGUCCUCAGGGAUACACCUGCUGCACAUCCGAGAUGGAGGACAAACUCAACCAGCAGAGCAAACUGGAGUUUGAGAACUUGGUUGAGGAUAGCAGCCACAAUAUGAGGACGACAUUUGUCUUGAGGCAUAAAAAGUUUGACGAGUUUUUCUUGGAGCUGCUGGACAACUCUGAGAAGUCUCUCAACAGCAUGUUCACACGGACGUACGGGAAGCUGUAUAUGCAGAACUCAGAGGUUUUUCAGGACCUGUUCACUGAGCUUAAGCGCUACUACACAGGGGGCAAUGUCAAUCUGGAGGAGAUGCUGAAUGACUUCUGGGCCAGGCUGCUGGAGCGCAUGUUCCAGUUACUCAACUCCCAGUACCACUUCACAGACGACUACCUGGAGUGUGUCAGUAAAUACACAGAUCAGCUAAAGCCCUUUGGAGACAUACCCAAGAAACUGAAGGCCCAGGUCACAAGGGCUUUCAUUGCUGCACGGACAUUUGUCCAGGGGCUAAUGGUGGGUCGAGAAGUCGCCAACAGGGUUGCCAAGGUGAAUGUAGUACCAGCAUGUGUCAGAGCCUUGACCAAGAUGCUGUACUGUCCAUACUGCCGCGGCAUGCCUGGGCUGAAACCCUGUCACAACUACUGUCACAACGUUAUGAGGGGCUGUCUAGCAAACCAGGCCGACCUGGAUGCUGAAUGGAACUUCUUCAUUGAUGCUAUGUUGCAGGUGGCUGACAGACUGGAGGGACCCGUCAACAUUGAAUCAGUUAUCGAGCCAAUAGACAUCAAGAUCUCAGAAGCUAUCAUGACCAUGCAGGACAACAGCAUGCAAGUGUCAGCCAAGGUUUUUCAAGGGUGUGGCCAACCAAAACCUUCAGGAAUAGGCAGAUCUACACGUGGCAUAUCAGAUGUGUUCAGUGCUCGUUUCAGACCCUACACCCCUGAAGAAAGGCCAACCACAGCAGCUGGGACGAGCCUGGAUAGACUGAGGGUUGUCUGGAGGACAAUGCAACAAAGUGUGAUUGAGAUCAAAGAGAAGCUGAAGGAGUCCAAGAGGUUCUGGUCCAACCUGCCAGAUGACAUUUGUGCCAAGGACAAGCUCUCAGAGUCGGAUGAGGAACAGUGCUGGAACAGCCACACGAAGGGCAGAUAUUUCCCUGAAGUGGUGAAGGAGGGUCUAACUAACCAGGUGAACAACCCAGAGGUGGAUGUGGAUAUCACCAGGCCCGACACACUGAUUCGACAGCAAAUCAUGGCUCUGCGUGUCAUGACUAACAAGCUGAAGAAUGCAUACAAUGGGAAUGACAUAUAUUUUCAGGACUCCAGUGAUGAAGGCAGUAGCUCUGGCAGCGGCAGUGGCUGCUCUGAUGGCUGCACAACAGAGUUUGUUUUUGUUGGAACAGACGCUCCUGUGGUCGGCGCUGACAGAAGCGAUGAACGUGCAGCGGCAGCAGGCAAAUCACUCUUCUGCAGACCGUCCCUACUGCUGGUGAUGGCUGCCCUAACACUCCCACUCUGGGCGUUGCAAACUAGAUGGAGAUAAUACCUGAAUGUGGCCUGAUCACUGACUUUUAUACUGUUGCAUACAGUAUGUUCAACAGCACGUUCUACUGCUGUUCCCUCACUGGACAUGUAGAACCUCCU